UACAAGGGAUUGCAAGUGUGUUUUACCUAGCUACAUAAAUUAAGUGCCAUUACGCAGCCUACCUGCGCAAAAGAUUUGUAUGACGCCCUAAAAUAACGUCAUAAUACAAGAUGGCAGCCACCAUUGGGAGACUACUAAAGACCUCUGUAAUAGUUGCAUCUGGAGGACUGAAAGCAGCUUUGCCACAUGGAACUUCAGUGAGCAAGGCCUCAAGAAUUCUCACCCAUCCUGCACUGCAGAAGGCCUGUUUAUCCACCAGUCCUGCCAAGUGGGCUCCAGCUGUCACUCAACAUGCACCACAUUUUAAAGCUACAGCUGUCCACAAUGGCGAGUUUAAGGAGAUGGGCCUAGAUGACUUUAAGGGCAAAUACCUGGUUCUUUUCUUCUACCCACUCGAUUUCACAUUUGUUUGCCCGACAGAGAUCAUCUCGUUCAGUGACAAGGCCAGCGAGUUCCAUGACAUCAACUGUGAAGUGGUGGGCGUGUCAGUGGACUCUCACUUCGCCCACCUGGCAUGGAUAAACACCCCACGCAAGGCUGGAGGUUUGGGUGAAAUCCACAUCCCCCUGCUGGCAGACCUCAACAAACAGGUGUCCAGAGACUAUGGUGUACUUCUGGAGGGCCCUGGCAUUGCACUGAGUUGUCCAUUGUUCAUUAGGGGACUGUUUAUCAUUGAUCCAAAUGGGGUGGUGAAACACAUGAGCGUCAACGACCUGCCAGUGGGCCGCUGUGUGGACGAGACCCUGCGUCUGGUGAGGGCCUUCCAGUUUGUGGAGACUCACGGUGAAGUGUGCCCUGCUAGCUGGACCCCUGACUCUCCUACGAUCAAGCCAACUCCCGAAGGUUCAAAGGAGUACUUUGAGAAGGUCAACGACUAGAGGACUUGCACUUCACAGCUUAAUAUUCAAUAAAGUAUCCACAACUGAAAAGAAAACACUGAAUAGAUAUACCAAAUAUUUUCCAUUAGGUUUAGAUUAAAAAAAAGGUGCAUUUGUGUUCAAAGCAAUCAGAAAAAGACUUGUCAGAGUUGAAAUAUUUCAUCCUGUUAGCUAGCUUCAUGAACUUAAUGUAAUAAAGUUUCCCUUUCAUCACAUUGCUUGUAUUGAGCCUA